CAACACGAAAAAGAAUAGCAUCCUUACCAAGAAAGUUCCAAUUCAACGUAAACGGUGAACUUUCUAGACUCGUCUUCCAACCUUCCAGAUUCUUUUCACCCCAUCACCAAGUCCAUCAUCUUUACACAAACACAUAUACAUAUUCUCCUCUACAAUCCCAACCAAUAUAUACUAUCAUAUUUUACCAUCACCCCGAAAGAACAAAGUCAACACAUAAAACUAAAUACUUGUUAUCUUCAACGAUCAUCAUAUACCGACUACCGUCAUGUGUUUAGUGUUUGUGGUGGAUGAAGACGAGAAGGUGAUCGGCCGAUACACGGCAGGUGGUGCAUGCCCCUACUGCGGUGCUCAAGUUCAGGUUAUGGAUGUUGAGAAAACAUGGCGUUUAUGUUAUGUUCCUUUUUAUUUUCGCACCAAACGCAAGUUUUCUUGCUCCUUUUGUAAUCGUCCUCUGGUUCUUCAGUAUUGAAUCUUUCUCCAUACAGCCAGCGAGGCAGCGUCGCAGCGAUCGUCAUUAUGUAUCAAACAUUCAAACUGAUCUGCUUUAUCUCCCUCUAUAGUCACAUACCGUGCAGCAGCCAGCAG